UGCAGCUUUUCCGUCUGACUGAAUCCAGGACUUAGACGGAUCCAACACUUCCUUCCUUCCCCCUAUUCUCCGCCUCUCAGAUUUCCCACCAGAGCUGUUAGUGUUUAUCAGCCGAGCCCUCACACAGCCGCAGCUUCUUCCGGACCGGACCGAGCCCCUCUCUGGCCCACUGAACGUCUCUCCAGGCGGCUUCUCCUCUCCUCUGACCUGAUAACUGAACCAGGAGGACGGGUUCGGGUCUGACAUGGGUCCCUUUGGAGCUGCAGUCUGCGCCACGGCGCUGCUCUUGGUGUCCCGGAGCUCAGCGUGCACAGAUGUGCACAGCUGUUUGCAGCGCGAGGUGCCCGUGGACGCAAUCAUGCAAGUGAGGCAGCAGCCAGAUGCAGGCAUGCUGCAGGAAGAAGUAGAUCUGGAAGAACUCCUGAACCUCGAAGACUUUCCUCCCAUUGAGCAGAAAAGGGAGGAUCCACCAAGGCCCAGAGGGUUUAAUCCCGUUGAGUUUCCAACACAAAGGAUUGUUUUUCCUCCAAUAGACAGAGGCUUCUUGACACCAAGAGGACGUCGACCCAGUAUCAGGCUCAGGGGAUUUCCGCAGCGCUAUCCGGUUCAGUUCCCUCUUGGCCGGCCGACGCCUGACAAUAUCCAAGCCAUCUGUCUCCAUGGAGACCAUCGUCCCCGCUACCCAUCCUCUUACUUUCCUCCGUCUGGUUUCAGCAAGCAGAAGCGACAGGCUGACGCUGUCAACAACGCCGAGUUCUGGUUCAGCACUUGCUGCCGUGGAAACCAGACGUGGGGCGAAGACGGGACCCUGUGUUGCGCCACACAGGCUUGGGAGAAGUCGGUUGAUUUGUUCUGCAAGGAGGAUUCAUCAGUGAAGGAUCGCCUUGAUGAAUGCUGCAGAGUGAAGGACAACAAACGAAUGAACUGUUUCAACAAGGACGCCCCAAACCCGAGCUACCAGCCAACAGAGGAGCAUCCGGUGCAGCCGCUCAGCUCUGAGGUCACCUUCGACUUUGAGCCCGACUCUUGCCUGAGGAAUCUGGUGGCUCCAACAAUUCCUCGGACAAAUAGAGGAGUACAAGGGAUGAAUCCCUCUGCUCCCCUGAAUGCCAACAUCAACUUCCCUCUGGGUCGACCCACAGCAGACAACAUCCUGUCUCUGUGUGAAAACCAGAAGCUUCGACCUCUUUACACCACCAAGUGUCUGCCGCGCUCGGGCUACAAACUUCUGGCUCGUCAGGUCAAGACUGUCAACCGUUUGGAAAAAGGAUUCAAACGUUGCUGCAAACAGAAGACAGAGAGGCUCAGCUGUGCCGAGCAGAAGUGGCGUGAAGAGUUAAACAAGUUCUGCUCGUCUAAGAGCGGAGAUCCGGUGGACUUCCAGUGUUGUUCCGGGAAAAAGGCCGGUGAUCGGUACAGCUGUUUCCAGUCAGCUUCUCCAGACUCACACUACACUCUGAUUUCUGCCCCGGAGGAAAACGUACUCACCAAACUGUGUGGUACUCGGCAUCUCAUGAAGGCGAGUCUCCCUGUUAGGUUUAAGAACAAAAUAUUGAAGCAAUGCUGCCCCCUGGCUGAAGAAGACAAGAACAACUGCUUGGUGCAAAAGAUUAACGAAACAUCCCAGAACUUGUGCUCAUCAGCCAACGCUCCAGAGUUCCGCCUCUGCUGCUCGAUGCCGUCGCAGGAGGAGAUUUCAGGUUGUCUCUCCAAAAUGAUCGUGGACAUCAUGUCCAGAGCGACCCAUUCCAAGGGUCAGAAGAAGAAGAAAAUUUGCCCCAUCCCUUAAACCAGGCACAGGGUCAUUUCAGCCUUUGCCAGUGGAAAUGAAUGAUAAAAAGGGUUUUUACCUUUGAAAUGCAGUGUUUUAUUGUAAUCUUGUCUGUUGUUGCACCACUGUCUUCUUUAUACUACUGCUUUUUACGUAUUAUUAAUGCAAUUAGUUCAAACUUUGCCAAAUCUUUUUUAUUAUUAUUGAUUUGUAUCUGAAAUUAUUUUAAUAAAAACUUUAAAAAUG